CGCUCGCUUACUCACCCUCUGCCCUGGGUGGAGCUUCACUCUGGCCUGUCUGAGGUGCCAGUGAAUCAGGCUUCAGGCACGUCAGGGGGAGAGGCAGAGCCCAGAGCGAGAUCCAUCACCUGCGCUGGCUCACCUGGGAAGCUCCCCUGCCCCUCAUGGCUCGCCGGUCCCAGAGCUCCUCACAGGGGGACAACCCCCUGGACCCUAACUACCUGCCACCCCAUUACAAGGAGUAUUACCGGCUGGCUCUGGAUGUGCUAGCUGAGGAGGGGCAAGAGAGUUAUCAUCGUUUUCUGGAUGAAGAAGGAGCCCCUGACUUUCUCUGCAGCACAGAGGUAGAGCACAUCACUCAGCAUCUCCAGAAGCCCCAGUAUGCCAACCAGGAGAGCAGCUGCAUGGAUGCCAUGCAUGGCAGUGACAUAGAUGGAUCCUCUGGGACUUAUUGGCCUAUGAAUUCUGACCUUGCUGUCCCUGAGCUUGAUCUGGGCUGGCCAAUGGUCUUUGGAUUCAAGGGUACUGAGGUAACAACUCUGGUGCAGCCACCACCCCCAGACAAUCCCAGCAUCAAGGAAGAAGCCCGUAGGAUGAUCCGAGCUGCACAACAGGUGGUAGCUAUAGUGAUGGAUGUUUUCACAGAUGUGGAUCUGCUGAGUGAGGUGCUGGAUGCUGCUGCCCGCAGGGUCCCUGUGUAUAUCCUCCUGGAUGAAAUGAACUCUCAGCUCUUCCUAGACACAGCUGCUAAGUGCAAAGUCAACCUCAACUAUGUGGAGUUCCUGAGGGUUCGGACAGUUGCUGGCCCCACCUAUUACUGCCGCACAGGGAUGUCCUUCAAAGGGCAUGUGAAAGAGAAGUUCCUGUUGGUGGACUGCAUGGUGGUGCUGAGUGGCAACUACAGUUUUAUGUGGUCCUUUGAGAAGAUUCAUCGAAGCAUCGCUCACAUCUUCCAAGGGGAGCUGGUGUCCAGUUUUGAUGAAGAAUUCCGAAUUCUCUUUGCACAGUCAGACCCUCUCAUUCCUCCAGCCAAUGUCUUGGUGAAGGCAGAGAACCCAUUUACCAUGGCCCCCUUUGGCAACAAUAUGCCCUUCUUUCCAAAUAAACCACACCUGCUGUUCCAGAGGGAUGACAAUGUCUUUCCACCCUUCGUGGACAGAGUUGAUCCAGACAGAUACUUCUUGUCAGCCUUCAGACGGGACGAACUGAUGCGCCAUACUAUGGAGGGGUCAGCAAUGCGCAUGUAUUCUAAGAAGGCAGAAAUGGAGAAUUGUCAGAUAGAUCCUGUCAGAGGUUUAUUCCGCUCGAAGCAGUUAGAGCUGGAUUCCUUUAAGAGACACAGCUUUGCUGAAGGAACCUUUGAAAACUUUUCUUCUUCAAAGCAGUGUUCUAGGCAGAUGUUCAUGAAUAAUCUGGAUGACUUUAAAAUGCAGUCCAGUCACUUUCAAAAGGACCAGUUCUAUCAAUAUCAAUUUGAACAUCCCCAUGCUUCCAGCAGGCCUCAGGGGUUCUUUGAGCGAAUCCGAGGUGGUAGGCCAGGAUUCAAUGAACUGGAGGACUAUGCACAGGGCCCCAGAUAUCCUGAACUUGAAUCCCACUUACCACAGGAGGGUUUCCCCUUAAGGCUAGAUUAUGAGCCUUCAAAUUCUUCUAGGGAAGUGAGGCAUGGUUCUGACCAGGUGAACCCUGCAGGGAAUGGCCCACUAGGGCUGAUGUCACUAAGGAGGCAAAACAUAGGGCAGAAAUUCAUGUGCCAGACAUCCCCCACACAGAAGCAAAGCCUGGAACAACGACUGUUUUUACAAGACCAGGACCCAGAUCAGGACAAGAAGACCCAGGAAAAUAGAACAGGUUUGCGUAACUGGAGGAUUUCUUCAUACCUGAGUGCAUACCAGUCUGAACCAGGAGAGGAAGGCAUCCCAAUGCCCAUGGAAUCAGAGUCAUAUAAUGAUGUUUUGAGCCUUGGAGAGCCCCUCACAAAGUACCCCAGUGACCUGAUCCCAUCUUUCAAGUCUCCUAUGUCAUUUAAUAAUAAAUCAUUGGGAAUUGAAAGCGCCAAAGAAUCGACAGGUACUGAGAGAGCAGGCGAGGAGACCUCCCUUGUGAAACAGGAUUCCUUUAGGUCCAGGAUAAAUCCUUUGAUCCAGAGGAGCUCAAGGCUCAGGUCUUCUUUGAUUUUUAAUGCUGCCAAUUUAGAUCAGCAGAAUAUGACAAUGGAGAAGGUUCAGAUGAUCCAAAAGGAGCAAAUGUCCAGUGAGAUUAUAAAAGACAAUGAAACUAUAAAGGCAGCCACCUCUUCUAAAGUGGCAGAACUUUUAGAGAAGUACAAAACUGUGGGCAAAGACAUAGAGAGCGCUACAGUUAGUCACACCAAAGCUGUUUCCAGUUUUCUACAGGAAGAAUCUCAGAAUGCAGAGAAAAAAUGUACCAAAUCCGUGCAAUACAAGAUCCUGGAGAGUAGGGUGCUAGACUCAAAAGAAUCCUUCAGUAGUUAUAAGAUGCACAUGGAGUCUGAGAAACAGUUUGGUAUGUCUUCCUCAGCCACCCAGCUCCUUGACACACUGAGUAAAGAUCCUAUAACAAAUAUUAGCAGCAAAAUGGAAAAACUAUCUUCUCGGUUCUAUUCCACAGACAGCAAUCCUGCUCUUCCAACGAAGGAGAACCUGGUAUUGGUAGGAGACACUCAGAAGCUUGCUCUGCCAGAGAAGAGGGAGAAACUGACAUUCAAAAGAGACACACAGGAACUAGUUGACACAAAAUUCAAGAAACCGCAGGCUAGGGUAAGCACCACAUCAAUUCCUGAAAGUUUAUCCAAGAACCAAGGGUCUGACAGCUCUCUCCAUAAAUCCGAGGAAGAGGGUGCCAAACAGGAACCGAGUCCAUUGGAAUUUUUUAGGAAAGGGUCGCUAAGGUUGAAACAGUUGCUGAAUCCAAAGGGUGAUAAGAAAUCAGAGGAAGAAACCAAUCUUGAGAGUGGAAAGUUUGACAAGCAGACCAUGAGCCUUAAACGAUCUUCCAAGGGGGAUUAUCAGGAAGUGAUGGAGGAAGAGAAAUCCCCAAGGAUCACAACAGCACCUGCUCUCAAAAGCAACCAGCCAUCUCAGACCAGGUUUGCUUCUUCCACGGCAAACAUCCUAUACAGCAGUAACCUCCGUGAUGACACAAAAGUGAUUCUGGAGCAAAUUUCUGCCAACAGUCAGAAGAACAGAGCUGAGCUGGCCAAGCAAUUACCAUCCACAAGUAAUCCUGAUCUUACCAAGUCUACCAGCAGCUUGGAAUAUAAAGGUGAGAAGGAGAAAACCUGCAACAUUAGCAGGUCAGAAAGUUUUGGGAGCCAUAAGAAGAAUCUUCAGAGGCAACCAUCAGAGGAUAGAGAUACCCUUCUGAAAAAGAUGGAGAAUAUGCGAAAGGAGAAGCGGGUGUAUAGUAGGUUUGAGGUCUUCUGCAAGAAGGAUGAACAACCAAUUCAGAAUGAUGAGGAAUAUGACACAGACAAGAAAAUGGGGAAAUUCAUGCCCAAACUCCUGGGGACCUUCAAAACCAAAAAGUGACCUUAGAAAUGCUGCCUAAAUCCCAAUUCCAGUGGUGGAAUUACUGUCUGUCAAUGGAGAAAGGGGAGGUUAUGCUUCAGUGAUGGACACUAGUAACAUACUGAAUACUCCUUCAUGUUGUUGAGUGGGCAGUUGUGCAACACUGGCCUCCUACAGCAUGAUUUCCUCAUACAGUUAAAUGGUGAUAGGCAAUUUUACUGCAAUAGGAUCCAAAUUAUAAAAAAAAUUAAAUCAACAGAUUGUUUAAAACAAAAAUAAAGUGGAGUCUAUUUAUCAUCUGCACAGGGAAGCUCCUCAGCAGACAGAACAAGCUUGCUAUUAUUCGGGGAGGGGUGAAACUAUAAUGCAAAGCUCUGCCCUGAGCCAGGGAAGUCCGUAAUUCUCAUUUACAAGAACUAUGCUGAUUUUUGGAUAUUUCUCAGGUUGUGGUCCAUUUUUUCCUCAUAUGUGGUACCAGGAGGAUCGUUGACAGUUCCCAGGAGCAAGAUCUUGCAGUAAAUUCUUUGCCCUUACCUGUAGUUAUGACCCUGUCCAUUGGCACAUGUCCAGCUUUUAUACUUAGCAUUGUAUAACCUUAUGGGUGUUUUUAAAUAUAGUUAGAAAUAUUAUUGCUUUAAAGGGAGAGGCAUGAGCAGGCAGCUGGAAGGCAGCAGCAGAGGGAAUUUGCAUGCCAUGCUGGGAUAAAGAGAUGUCUCUAGUUUAAAUUAGCCAACCUAGUAGUGCACUGAAUCAAGCCUGUACAAUGCAGCCUUCAUCAAGCAGAAUCUUGAGGGUAUACCGCCAAGAAGAGGUGUUUUCUCUCAGGGAGGGAUUUGUAGCAGAGGAUAAGCCAUUUCAAGUAUUAGCAGGUUCCCUCAUUGUGAUGACAGGAGAGGGAGGAGGGGUUUAGACAAAAGGAGGAAAGAACUGAGCUUUACUGUAACUUAUCCUUUCUUAAAGCUCAGCAAUGUUUUUUUCUUACAUAGAUUUCUUUCAGGUUUUUGGUACCAGGCCUGGCCCAGACCAGCCUGUAUGGUUCAUGCUGUGGUAUUGGAUUGUCUGGCAGGACAGUGAGUGGAGGGUGGGUGUCAAAAAGAAAGAAGAGGGUUGUACAUAAGGUUUGCUGCCUUGGGUCUGCUGUUCUUCAGCCUGGGACUCUCUCUCUUAGGCAACACAGCAGCAGUGGCAAUGGGUCUCAAUGCUGGAAAUUAUAUAUGACCUUAUAUUUUUAUCUGUGUGCCCAGAGGUACAAAUAAACACAUUUGGUAAAUUAAACAAUAAAUGCAUAAAAAGUCACAGCAAGCUCAAGUUCUCAGCUAGCAAGGCAGCAUAGGAGAAUAUCUUAUGGGCUGUGGGAUGGGAGAAAUAACUCUUUUGAAAAUAGGCAACAAGACUUUUGAGAAUCAGUUCUGGCCACCUUCCCUUACUCCACAUGACUGCCAGAAACUCAGUUCCCCAUUACAACUGUGGCUCCCUCCCAGCCUCAGAGGUUGGGCGUUUACCUGCCGUCUAGGCCAUUAUGUGACAACUGUAACUGUGGAAAGAGGCCCAUACCUCUUAUUGGAAGUGGCUGCCUUACUCCUUUGGACUGUUUCUAACAAGGGGAGUCAAAAGAUAUAAGGGCUGAGGCCUAACUCAUGCAUGUCAGCUGCUCCUUAGUUCCUGCAACAACAAGCAAGGUGGAAAGUCAAGCAAAAACAAAAAAGGAAUGCAGCAGAGAACUGCGUUUUAGAACUCUAUUAGAGCCACAUCUACAAGACAGUUAUCAAAUGAUCCUAAAGGACUGGGCAGAACAUUUCUUCCUCUCCUGUGUCUUACACUGAAGAGUCUUUUCCAUCCCUAUCUGAAGAAUCUCUCCCAACUUCCCAGCCCAACUCAUGUUUCACCUGGUGCAUAUGUUGUGGGUAGGAAGUAAGUGCCCUUACUUUGAACUAUCCUUCUGAGUUUUCCUGCCAACUCCAGUGAGAUUGAGAAACAGCUGAUGCUCCUUCCAUGAUCACUAGGACUGCAGGUUUGUCACAGCAGGAAAAAAAAGUCACAUAUUUUGCUUUUCCCAUUUGUCCAUGACUUUUUUUCUGUGUCCACAACUCAUACUGAAGCGGCAGCUCAUGCAAUUCCUGUCCCAUGGGUCUGGGUUUGGCUCCCUGCUCUGAAUGAUCUGGGUUACAAAUCUGCUCAAAUUUGACCUGCCAGACUGGGUGGGAGAAGGGUGAGGGAGAAAACUUCAGUGAAUGACAUUGUGCCCGGGUGGACUAGGCCACAGAACCGCUCAGGUUUGGCCUGCCUGACACUCUAUCAUGACAGAGCAGUCAGGCCAAACCUAAGCAGUGCUGCGAACCAAUGUGCCUGGUUGCAAUGCCAGGAGCAGGGCAAUGGGCCAGAACCAUGGGACACAGGAGCUGCUGCUGUAGGGUGAGCGCGGGGUGCCAGGUCCAAUCCUGUGGGACAAAGGAGCCAUAUGUGGGGUGACUGUGGGGUGGGCUCUCUCCACAGUGGCUCCCCACCAGCUUAGCUUCCCCUCUGCACUCAGCCAGGAUUAGGGCUGCAGUGCUCGGGUGGAGGGUACUGCUGCAUGUGGGUUGGUGCCUCCUUGGUGAGGCAAGGAGGAGGGCAUUUUUUUAAAUAAAUUUUUUUUAAAUAAAGCUGCAGCCCUAAUGAACAAACCAGGGCAGGAGCUGCAAGCUCAGCAACCCUGCUACCGGUAUGUGGAUGACAGAUAGGGGAAGGGCCAGCAGUCGACAGCAGUUUUAUUUGUGCCUUAAAGAAUUAAAGUUUUCAAGAUGCCUAGCUGUCAUGCUAACAGCACUAUAUAAAUUAAUUAAAUUUUCAGUGACAAAUGGUGGUUAUUUUGUUGGUUGCUGGAAGCAAUGUCAAAUGAAGCCCUGUGUGGCUGGAUUUCCCAAUUUUAAGAAUGGACUGUUCAGGAAACUUCACAAGUGAUGAUUGAAAUCUCCAGUGAUCAAGAGUAUAUAUUAUUUCUAAUCUGAACAGUUCAAUUAGACAUAAAUAUAUUAGCAAAAGAAAUGAGCAGAGAAGUGGGGAGGAGCUGGCCAAAACCACAAUAAGGGCAGUUUUAAAUUUACUCCAUGUUGCAAAUAAUACUAGGAGGAAGAUGGCACAAGAGUUCAUACAGUAGAACCGACGUCUUGCUCCUGUACAGAGCUCCAUCUCUUUUCUUAUUCAGUUUCUUGCUACUGUUAUAUAUUAAGAGGAUGCUAUCUAAGCAGUUCUGUAUAUUGUGGUGCAUAAAAUAAACAAAUUAAUUUAC